AGUGGAAAAUGUGGUGAGAAACAUAACUUCCCCAUUCUGACAGAUCGCUUAUAAAAUCAACACUUAUCUACAGGACGCUAGAAAAAAACAGAAAAAUCAGCCUUCAGAAUUAGUACAGUGUCCGGUAGCACAAACCUGGAGUGACUGAGCAGCACUCGCCUUCAUACGACUGAGAUAUGAAUAGAUAUAUGAGCUUCUUAGAUACACAGAGCUCUGAUAAAGAGAGUAAAAGCCAGUGAUGGGUAACACACAGGCAAGCCUACAGAGAUCUACAGAGAACUUCAGCCAAACCACUUCUGUUGUUGACCUACCGUCAAGAGUGAGUGAGAAGGAGGCAGCGAUGGUGCUGAGUGAUUAUCCUGCCUCUGAUGUGUGUGAACCAAUUUUCCACGCAGGCGAGUGGCUGAGAGUCCUAUCAGAUGAUGGGUACUGGUUAAAGGUUUACUCUAUUCAAACAAGAGAGGAAAACUACAUCCCAAACUCCCAUGCAGCAAAGGUUUACCACGGCUGGUUGUUUGAAGGGGUUGAGAGGGUAAAAGCAGAGGAGCUGCUUCGGCUGCCUGGUAACAGAGUCGGGUCUUUCUUGAUCAGAGUCAGCAGAAGAGGAACGUAUGCCUUGUCCGUCCGCCACAGAGUCAUUAUGCAUUACCGAAUAUUUCGUCUGCCAAACAACUGGUACUUCAUCUCCCCACGCCUCACUUUCCAGUGUCUGGAGGACCUGGUCAGCCACUACUCAGACGUAGCAGAUGGGCUGUGCUGUGUUCUCACUGGCCCUUGUCUAGCAGCUCCUGACCCAUCCCAGAACUUACCCUCUCUGCCUGCUCGAAUGGGAAGAUCAUGGAACUUUAACCGGGGAGCAGGAGACAGUGCAGAGCAUUUCAGACAGAAUACCAGUGACCUUGCAGCACACCGAGACUCUGGCAUCAGUUUUGGAGUCCAAAACAGUGUGUCUACCUAUCUCUCACUGGCCGGAGUCCAAGAGAAAAGGAAGCCCAGCUGGAAGAGGAAGAAAUGGAGAUCUAUCUACAUGCCUUCUAGCCAACAAGUCAACAAUACUGCCAUAGAGGAGGAGAGCUACGACGUAGUUGCAUAAUGAGUAAUGUUAAAAUAACCUCAGAAAGAACUUGCUGUAAGAGCAAAGUUGAAAUCUACGGACAUGCUUUAUAUUUAUAUGAGUUAUCAGACCAUGAUCCAACUCAAAUAGACCUAUGGACCCAAAAGCUUUACACUGUGCUGUAAGGUAAAAAUCUAGUAAACUAACGUUAUAAAUGUACUGUGAAAACUGGCAGCAGUACAGAGACAUUUCACACAUCA